AUGGUGUUAUGGAGCGGUAGAGCCACGGCCGUGACAGAAGAGAGACUGCCCGAGUUGCGGCGAAAACCUCUCCAGUGCGAGGGUCGUCGGUUGCCCCGCCCCCGCCGAGCUGUCAACAUAUCUACCCCAACUGCAGCUCGUCUCAUCAACGCAUUGCACUACAACGACAAUUCCAAUUUACUGCACACUCUAAUCCCCAAGAACCCUUUAGAAUACGCUUUCACAAAUAAACCUCACAUACAAACCGCCAAGAUGGGUCGUCAAUUCUUUGUCGGAGGAAACUUCAAGAUGAACGGCAACUCCAAGUCGAUCAAGGACAUUGUCGAGAACCUUAACAACGCAAAGCUGGACCCCAACACUGAGGUCGUCAUUGCCCCACCUGCGCCAUACCUCUCCCUCACCCGCCAGAUCGCCAGCAAGGGCAUCGAGGUUGCCGCACAGAAUGUUCACGACAAGCCCAGCGGAGCCUACACCGGCGAGACCUCUGUUGAAGCCCUCAAGGACCUCGGCAUCAACUGGACUAUCAUCGGCCACUCCGAACGCCGUGUUGUGCUGAAGGAGGACGAUGAGUUCGUUGCAAGCAAGGUCAAGGCUGCGCUAGAUGCCGGCCUCAGCGUCAUCUUGUGCUGCGGUGAGAGCCUCGAGCAGAGGGAGAAGGGCGAGACAGUCAGCCAUGUCACUUCCCAGCUCAAGGCUGUGGCGGACAAGGUCAAGGACUGGAGCAAAAUCGUCGUCGCCUAUGAGCCUAUCUGGGCCAUUGGCACCGGUAAGGUUGCUACCACACAGCAGGCACAGGAAGUCCACGCCGCUAUCCGCGAGUGGCUGAAGAAGGAGGUCUCUUCCGAGGCUUCAGAGAAGACCCGCAUUUUGUAUGGUGGCAGUGUUUCGGCGAAGAACUGCAAGGAGCUGGCUCAGCAGGCGGACAUUGACGGAUUCCUCGUUGGCGGUGCUAGCUUGAAGCCUGAGUUUGUUGACAUCAUCAACAGCCAUCAGGCAUGA